UUGUGUUGCGUGUAACGGCAACGAGCAGACGACAGUGAACACAGUGUCUAAAAGGAAUUUUAGAACACUUAGUAGUGUUGUAUGAAGACGGGAGAAAGUAAUUGCCAUAAAAUGGACGGUUGACAAGACAAUACAAUAUUUCUUUUUGGAUAAAAGAUUAAUGGAUGUCGGCUGAACCAAAUUGGAAAUAAUCAUAGUCGACCCGAAGGUAGGGGAGAGUGUCACGCAAUGCACAUCUAACUGUUACGCUGAGAAUAUAGGGCGUUCGUGAUCCGGUAAUUCGUUAUUCCAUCCUGGCUCCUCGAGAUUAGUUCUGCUGUUACGUUAGGACAUGACCACAACUUAACAUGGACAUAGGAUCGGACAGCUGGAUCAAGGAGGACAAAUGAGCUCUGAAAACCCAUGUUUCACAAUUCCAAGUUUGGUGAGUGUGUGUUUUUGUUUGGACGUCCGUAAUCAUUGCAAGAGACUAAAGCUAAGAAAUGUGUCAUUUGAUCAACGAAAAUGUCAAUUUUGGAUGCUACACACGGCCGUGAGCUCUUUAUGAAGAUCAUUUAAGCUUGAGGCUGAAAACCUGCCACGCUGACGCGGAGGAGGAUUGUCACAAAGUUUCAAAAUAUCAUCGAACGUGAAACCCAUGGUUUAUAUGCCAAGCAGAAGCCAAGGUUGCUGUCAGAAGCGAUUAUUAUCUCAGUCCUGGAAGUAAUUAUGUUUCAAUGACAACAGCAUAAAGUGACAAAUAUAUUUAACCAGACUCAGAAUCGUGAAGUUGUAGUUUAGUUUUUAUGUCACGUUUGUAUGCUGAGUAUGCUUUUUUGGGAGAAUUGCGAAAAUCUGUUCAUACUCUGAAACAAAAUAAUCAGAAAUAAAAAUUCCACGACCAGAUUGUUUUCCCAAGGAAAUGCAAACCGUGCACCCUCACCUGGGCUGUGCCUGACGUUUGUGUCGGAACUAUCAUGGAUUAACAGCUCUGAAAGAACGCAGGACACCGCGGGCUCCACAACUUGUACACAUUCCCCCGACAGAUGACUCUUAGAAUUGAAUGCAGCCCCACCAGAAGCGGGGAACAUGCCUCGUCUAAUUAAGGCAAACUGUUGCUGCGGAGGUUGGUGUUUAACUCUACUUUAGGUUCUGUAAAAGCAGUAAUGCAAUUAUCCUCAGAAAAGACUCUCAGAGAACGAACGUUACUUAACAUAAAAUAGCAUGAAGUAUUUCAAAGUUCAUCUGUACGUGUUUACCUUUCGAGAGUGAUUGUAUAUCUAGCUGAGCUGUCAUCCAUAGUGAUAUUUAUGGUGGUUAUUAGUGAAUUCAACAAGAAUCCACUGAUGUAGGAAGUAAUACUACGAGUAUAUUCCCACUGCAGUACUAACUGUACCUCCAGGGCAAGGUAUCCGAGGAAACAGUCAAUGACGCCAGCCUACCUCUGCUCCUGGAACUUUCCACGUCUAAGACAGACUAAUUAUACGCAGUAUAUUAUCAGAACAAAUGUGAAUGUUUUCUCAGCGUUGUUUGCAACGGUUUAGCCUAUCUAGACUCUUGCUCAGUGUGCACUGGAGUGGUCUUUUACGGAACAGCUUAUGAGUUUAUGAGCACUUGACUGAGUAAUAGGCAGAGCGCGGUAUAUUGGCACGCCUGUUACAAAUGUGCGACGACGCAUACAAACGAUUCGUUAGUUAAAGAUUUAUUCUAUUUCUAGCUCAGCUCAUGAAGCGGCCAACUACCUUCAUGGAUGUGUACGAGUAAUCAAGACAGUUUGGAAUCAAUAAGAUUAUUGGAUUAAAAUACCUAUUUGGGUUUUCCAAUGAAUUAUGAACGUAAAUUGGGAUUUUAGCAAACACGUAACACCAAUGUCAUUUUGAAUUCUAAAAUAGAAUACAAGUUCUAUAAAUAUCGGCGGAUUCGUAAUUUCGAUUCCAAAUUUAACAGAGUAAAGAAUAUGAUAACGGUUAUAUCAAAGUAGCGCUUCGGAGGUAACCAAUCACAAAGAAUUAUGUGUUAAUGUGUCUGGAACUCUCAAGUCGUAAUUACAGUUUCUGAAGCACCAUGGCGACAGGAACUCCCCUUGGAGUCUGCAUCUCUGUGUUAUUGAUAUCGGCACUCUUGCUUUUGGGAAUACACUCUUUUCCCGACGACGUGUAUGACAGUAAGUACUCCACCAGGAUCGACGGCGACAUCAACCUCGGCGCCGUGUUUUCAAUACACGCCUCAAAAGACGGCCGCUGCAGCGACAGUAUAUUUGGAUUCAGGGCUAUUGAAUAUUUCGAAGCUGUCAGGUUUGCAAUUAGUGAAAUUAACAACAGUUCUGACAUCCUGUCAAACAUCACGUUAGGAGCCACCAUCUUGGACGAUUGCUUUCUGGCCUCGAUGGCCCUAGCUCGGGCGAUGCAAUUUAUGCCGGAAGCUAACAGGCUACACGUCACGUGCAAUGAUUCGUUAUGUGAAGACCGGAAACUACCGAAAUUUUACGAUGUUGUCGGAGUGUUGGGUGCAUAUACGAGUUCCUUAAGUAUCGUCGUUGCCAACGUGAUGACCUUGUUCAAAAUACCCCAAAUCAGUCAUACGGCGACAAGCGAUUUGUUAAGUGACAAAAAGAAGUUUCCGUACUUCCUCAGAAUGGUUCCAGCAGAUCAAAAUCAAGUGAAAGUCAUAGCGGACGUGCUGCAAUACUUUAACUGGAGCUACGUCUCGGUGGUGUUUUCCGAAGGAAGCUACGGACAGGAGAGCGAGAAGAAGUUGAAACCGCUUCUACGCCAAAUUGACAUAUGCGUGGCCCAGUCUAUUGAACUACGAGACGGAAUGUCUGAGGACGAUUACGAUGACGUGAUAACGUCUUUAAGGAGAUUCACAACCGCAAAGGUUGUCGUGUUGUACGCCGACAUCAGGCAUACGACAUUCAUUAUGAAGGCCGUGAAAAGAACCAGUGCAUCACGGGAGUUUAUCUGGAUCGGAAGUGAUGGUUUAUCCGUUGUGUUAAAUGAUCAUUUGGAUAUGUGCAAGGACAUAGUAGGCUCUCUGGCCGUACGGCCGUAUUCAUCAACGUUGCCGAGAUUCAUGACGUACAUGAAAACUCAUCUUCAAGCAAGAAAAUUCACUAAGGAGGAACGUAAAAAACUGAAAAGUUUUGACCAGUGGUUUUGUUUUGAAGGAGAUGAAUCUGGUACUGAAGUGGACGAGAUCUUGGAUAAUUCCACGAUGGACCGUGUUGACUACAUCCCCAAAUUUGCUGCAUCGUACGUAGUUGACGCAGUGUACGCCUUCGCAACUGCGCUGGAUGCGUACAUCAAAGAUGCGUGUCCCACCGCUAGGGGUAAGGAUGUACAAAAGUGUAUAAACACUGAAACCCUUCUGCAAUACGUUAAGAAAGUAGAAUACGAGGGCUCCAUUGGGAAGAUAUCGUUUGACCAAAAUGGUGACGUAGUUGGAAAGCUGGAUGUUCGUCAGUGCCAAGUUGUCGACGGUGUUCCACUUCAUCAGAAUGUAGGUAUGUGGGAUAUGAGAACCGCCAUGUUGAACAUAAACGAAACCUUUCUUCAGUGGCCAAGGUUCACAAACGGAAGUGAAGGCUUACCCCACUCAGUGUGCGCAGAACCGUGCAGUGUUGGUGAAAUAGCAACGUUCCCCAGAGAGAAUUGUUGCUGGACAUGUGUCAUCUGCAAAGACAACGAGGUUACAUCCUCAAACUCAACACAGUGUCAAGCAUGUGACGAGUUUUUCUGGCCGGAUAAUCAAACCCGAAAGUCGUGCCUUCCACUAGAUCCAACGUAUGUCAGAAUGAGCGAUCCAAUUGCAAUCGUCCUCUUCUUUUUCACCCUCGUCGGACUCUCCAUCACCACUUUCGUCAUUCUGUUCUUCCACAACUUCCGGAAGGAGCGCAUCAUCCGGUCGUCAAGCCGUGAGCUAUCCCAGAUGAUGCUAGUGGGGAUCUGUGCCGCCUACCUCCUCGUAUUCGGCUUUCUGACGUUCCCAAACAACUUUUCAUGUUACGUCAACAACGUUGGCUUCAGUCUGACCUUCACCUUGGUCUACGUACCGCUGUUGGUGAAGACCAAUAGAAUCUACCGGAUCUUCAGAGCGGGAAAGAAAACGACUGUUCUCCCACGCUGCACGAGCUCUUCGUCCCAGGUUGUCAUAGUAACCGGCUUAUUAACCUUUCAGGUAAUCUUGGUGACCGUCUCGACGAGUUUUGCGCCUCCACGUGUUACAAAGAGUAUGCCUGUGAGAACAGAGAAACUUGUGGAACUAUAUUGCGACAUGCCGUUGGUGGGUCUACUAUCAUCCCUGUCCUUCAACCUCGUUCUGGUUAUCAUCUGUGUAUUUUACGCCUUCAAAACGAGGCGACUUCCGGACAACUACAACGAGUCCCGUUACAUCGCGUUUUGUGUGGAUACAACUCUUUUGGUGUGGAUUUCCUUCGUUCCAACGUAUUUCACCACAUCUCUGGCGUAUUACAAAGUCAUCAUACUAUCAAUAGCGUUGAUUGUAAACAGUUCAGUGUGCUUAUUGUGUCUGUUUAUUCCAAAAGUCUAUGCUCUCUACCAACAGAAGCAAACGAGCAGUGGAACGCAAGAUCGUUGUUAUAAUCCAUUGAACACUACCCGGAAAGACACUGGAAUCUGCCCGAACCGGUUCUCGAACAGUGACUUCUUUACGUCCAAGUCCUCUUUUAAUAUGGCAGAACAAACGGAAAACCACCAAACUGGAAAUGGAACCGGUUUAUCCAAACAUGUUGAAAUUGUUCUUAAACCGGAACCGGAUUCUUCUCCAGGAAAUUCGGAACUGAGUGUUAAUUGCCAAUAAUGACAUAAAUAAUAUAGGUUUCAGAUUGGGUGUUAAAAUGUUCAACAUUUACAAUGAUUUGCUGCAUAUAUGUGUUAGACUUUAUUGUUGGUUUGUAUCUGUGGGCUGAUUCACUGAAACACACCUGAACUGACGAAGAACUACAGUGUACAUUACUCCCGGGCGAAAGAUAUAAACAUAUGAAAAUGUAAUUUGACCAAAAUUUCAAACCUUAUCAAAACCGUCAAUUUCUUUGAGUGGUAUUAAGAAGUUGGUGUGAUGAACAACGGGGAAGGUUCUAUGGAUAUACAACUUCUUUAUUAUUAAUGUAAGCGGCGUCUUGGUGUAGAUGAUAAUACCGUUAUCAAGCAAGUGUCAUAAACAGUUAAUAUAGGGCCAACAAUGCAGACUUAAGGUCUCAAACGCAAUAUAAUACUGUAUAAAAACGUCCCCUCAACAAGGGCGUAGCUACCAUUAUAGAAAAAGCCCGGGCUUACACGUGAGUUGUUGCUAAAAAGGCUGGGCAAGCCCUCAGUAAUAUCUAGAUAUGAAGCUUUGUAACCUGUCGGGCUUGCUACGCGACUGCUCAGAUAACAGCUUCUUAAUUGUUUCAUUUUUAGCAACCAUCAGUAAUGCCUGUGUAGUUUCUUAUGCACGACAGUAUAUAAGACACAAAGAUACCAUUCUCGUCAGCCAGCUUGUGGAGCCAAGAUUUGAUGUUGAUGUGAUGAACUUGCUAUCAUUCGUUUAAAUUAUUACCACUGGCUAUAUUACAAGAUGUUCCAAGAUUAUAUUUCAAAAUGUACACGAACUGAUAUGUCUGAAAAAGGGUAUGGCAAUAUGUUAGUAACAUCAUUACCUGCUUGUCCAUUGUUGAGGACGAUUGGCUGGUAUAUUUAAUUGGCGUUAUCACAAAACAUCAUUGCGAUCCCAAACAAAACAGGAUUUAUGAAAGUUUCAGAGAUGGCAUUCCAUUAAUUCGCUGAGGUAGGUGAUGUUGUAGAAAGAUUGUUAUUUGGGGCUCUAGAAGAGUGAGUAAGUGAGUGUAUUUAAUUUUACGCCGCUUUUAGCAAUAUUCCAGCAAUAUCACAGCGGGGACACCAUAAAUGGACAUCACACAUUGUAACCAUGUGGGGAAUCAAACCCGGGUCCAUGGCGUGAGGAGAGAACGCUUUAGCUACUAGGCUACCUCUCCGUCCGGUCGGGAAGAGAACAGGUGUACUUGUGUGUAACUUAUUCUGUAAAGACUGUAGCUUUUGUUACAAGACCAGGGAUAUAUCGCAAAAUGAAAGCUUUAUCUCAACUAGAUUACAGGGAUCCAGUCCGCUAAUAUCAUCAGAUACUUUUAGAAAUGGGUGAAUAGAGUUAUAUUUUGAUAACAUCACGGCGUGGAAUCAGUAAAGAUGCUUAACGUAUAGCAACCAUGGAAACUAGGAACCAACCCAGGUCUUCGACCUGACGAGCGACCGCAACAACCACGAGGCUGCCUACCGCCCUCAGAUAUUAUUCAAUCCACAGGGGUUCGAAUCACUGUUUGGACAAUAAUUUUUUAAAAUAAAAAUCUAGA